ACACUUAUCAACGACAUUCAAAGCUAUUAUUUAUUUAAUCGCAGUUCAACUCUCGCAACUAACGAAACCAACGCGCACAUUCAACCAUCAAUCUUUUAUCCAAAAACUCCGAAUGCAAGAGCGCGCGUGCCUUCAGUCGUUGUAAAAUAUAACAAAAAACAAAAAAUCAAAUUAAAUUUGAUAUAUAAAAACAACAAAAUAAAAUAUGUAAAAUUUUGGCCUUCCUUUCGGUAAAUCAUUAGAAAACUUCCAACGUGUCUUUAUGGCGGCCAAAUAGAUCUUAUCGCAAAGGAAUGUAUGCUAUUGCUUUCAACUCGGAUUGUUCAAAUGUGGAAAUAGUUUGCAUUCAAUGUUCGGUGAAUGAUGGUGGUUUCCAACAGACGCACCUCCUUCUUCGUUUGCUUUGAUUUGAAGCCGAUAACCGGAGUUAUUUGCAUAGUUUUGUUUUUGCAUGCAGCCAAUAGUGCUAAAUUGUUCAAUAAACAUUAUCCGGCUGGAGCGGAUCUUUUCGAACAUGAGUUUCCCAAUAUUGGAUUAGAUGAAUACGACCCCUAUGGUCCAAGUUUGAGCGAAGACGAUUUAGCCGACACCGGUGAUGAUCCUGAAACUAAACCAAGAUUGUAUCAAGGAGACAUUGCCAUAGAUCCCUUUACAUAUUUAACAUUACGUUUAGGUGUAAAUCCCACAAAACAUCCAAAACGACUAUGGCCCAAUGCUACAAUACCAUUUGAAAUAAGUUAUUUGUAUGAUUCACGCGAACGCAGAGCCAUCGAGAGAGUUUUGAAAACAUUCAAUUCAUUGACCUGCAUCAAGUUUGUACCAUACGAUGGUGAGGAUGAUGAUUAUAUUUUAAUAACACCACCCGAAGAAGGGCCCAAAGGUUGCUGGUCAUAUGUUGGGCGAAAAGGUGGCGAACAAGUGGUUUCACUACAGAAACCCGAUGAAACAAGUGCCCAUUGUUUCAGCAGUGAGGGUCGAAUAAUGCAUGAACUAAUGCAUGCCAUUGGCAUAUAUCAUGAACAAUCUCGAGCCGAUCGAGAUAAUUACAUUAAGGUACAUUGGGAAAAUAUAGUACCGAAAUUUCGCAAGAAUUUUAAACUUAUCUCUAAGAAACGAGGAAAAUACACAUUCGACUAUGAUUACAAUUCGGUGAUGCACUAUGGCGAAUAUUACUUUAGUAAAAGUAAGGGAAAGAAGCCAUCGAUUACGCCCCUACAGCCCGGCGUAAGAAUUGGUCAAAGAAAAACUUUGAGUAAAACGGACUGUCUAAAAAUAAACGAUUUAUAUGGAUGCCUAAAAGGCCGCCAAGCGAAAAUGUACAGAAGCUUUUGUAAUUUAUUGGGCUUGUAAGAGCUAAAAUAAGCGACAAUAAAUUUUUAAGAUAUUAACUAAUGAAUCACAUUGAUUUAAAAUACAAAAU